UUGACUUUGUCUGAUUUUUCAGACUCUUGGGCGUUCUUUGAGGCCAAAGAGAAAGGAAAAUGAAGAUUGCAGGACUGUCUUCUUUUUUGUCUCUCUCGGCUGUUUCACCCUGAAUUCAAUUAUCUGAGUUUAUCAUCCUCGACUAUACACCAUGAAGAAUUUCACCAAAAAGCUUUCAGUCUUAACCCUUUUCCAUUUCACCUUCCUCUACACCCUAACCAUCGCCUCCUCCGAUGGCUCGCCUAAGCCUUACACGCCUCAUGACAACAUCGCCCUCGAUUGUGGCUCCACGGCCAACAAAACUGAUCUUUCAGGCCGAUCCUGGAUCGCAGACAACACCAUUUAUUUAGAUCACUCCAAUAAGGUAUCUGUUAUCUCAACCUCUCCAGCACAGGGAAACCCCAUACCAUAUGCAACAGCCCGCCUGUCUCGCUCCCAAUUCACCUACUCGUUCAAAGUCACACCGGGACCAAAGUUCAUUCGCCUUCACUUUUACCCAACUUCAUAUCACGAAUUCGACCGAUCAAGUUCCUUUUUCGAUGUCCAUGUUGGUGGAUAUACCCUCCUACGAAACUUCAGCGCUGCCCUUGCUGCAGAUGAUCAUAAACUGGAGGUCUUUUAUCUUGAAUUUUGCAUGUAUGUUGAUGAAGGAAAGCUGAACAUACUGUUCAGCCCGAAUCCUAAUGUGCCGGAUUCUUAUGCUUUCGUGAACGGAAUCCAAAUCAUGUCCAUGCCCGGCGACCUUUACUAUACUUCCGAUGAUGAUACGGGGUUCAAUUUUGUUAACCAGGUGAACCCUUAUAGGAUCCUGAAGAACCAGGCUCUUCAAACUUUAUACCGAGUGAAUGUCGGCGGCAGCUCCAUUUCACCUGAAGGCGAUACUGGUAUGUAUCGGAGCUGGUUCGAGGAUGGUGAAUACUUGGCUAAUGGUGGACCUAGUGUUCUUCCUGUUAAUCUUAGCAUUAACCCCAGUUUCAGCGUGAUACCAAAUUACAGUGCCCCGACCCCAGUGUACAAAACAGCCAGGACUAUGGGGACUGACAGAAAUGUGAACGAGAACUACAGACUCACUUGGGAGUUCCGAGUUGAUGUCGGGUUCACUUACUACGUCAGGCUACACUUUUGUGAAUUCCAGGGAGAAAUAUCAGAGCCUGGCGACAGAGUAUUUCAGAUUUACAUCGACAACAUCGUGGCCGAACAUCAAGCCGAUGUAAUUGCUUGGGCGGGUGGACGAGGGGUGCCGGUCUAUCGAGACUACGCCGUGAUGAUCGGUAGAGCGGGAAAGGAAAUGGAAAGGAACCUAUCCGUUGCAGUUCACCCUGCUCCGGCUUUGAGGACCAAAUACUCGGAUGCUAUCUUGAAUGGGGUUGAAAUCUUCAAAUUGAGCAAUGAAGGCAAUCUGGCAGGAUCCAAUCCUCAAGGAAUACAUAUCAGCCCACCUAUAAAAUCUCUUCCACCACGGAGGCCGAAGUACAAUAUCAGACCCACAUUCCUCAUUGUUGUCGGAAUUGUAUCGACCUUUGUCGCGGUUUCUGCUCUAUAUAUCUCGAUUUUCCGACCGAAAUCCAGAGUAGAAGGAUGUUCAUCAUGGUACGAACUCUCAAAUAAGGAUUACUCUUCGGUGGAUAGAAGUGGUAAAGUGUACACUAGUGAUGGCAAACAUUCCAAGGAUACCAAGGAGUGCGCUAUCCUUAAAACAACAAUGCUUUUCUCAAUUACUAUCGUCUUCCUCGCCCUUUUCUCUUCAGUUUCCACAACAAGUUCAGCUCCUUACACUCCUACUGAUUACAUACUUCUGAACUCUGGUGCUUCAUCAAACACUACAUCCGAUGACGGAAGACAAUGGACUGCUGAUGCCGAUGACGACCGACAUUCUAAUACUUCUUUUGCAUCCAUUGCCUCCUAUCAAGAACCCUCUGUCACUGAAGUUCCUUACAUGACAGCACGUAUCUUUAAUGGUGAAUUCACAUACAAAUUCCCCGUUUCACCGGGCGCCAAGUUUCUUCGUUUAUACUUCUAUCCAAAUAAAUACUCUGGCCUAGAUAUAACCUCUUGCUUCUUCUCUGUUAUUGCUAACAAUUACACCCUCAUGAGCAAUUUCAGUGCCUAUUUACUUUCUUCUGCAAGUCCUCCACAAGCGUUCAUUGUCAAAGAAUUUGUCAUCACUGUUGGUAACAAGCAGAUGCUUCAUGUCACCUUCGCCCCUUCACCGGAUUCUUUCGCUUUUAUCAAUGGGAUUGAAGUCGUUUCGAUGCCUGAAAACCUCUACACAGGCCAGACAUAUGGCUCUGUUACCUUAUUGGGCACCAAUUACUUUUUAGAGCUUGAAAACACCACUGCUUUAGAAACUGUUAAUCGGCUAAAUGUUGGUGGAAGAGAUAUUUUAGAUGUAGACGACUCAGGGAUGUUCCGGACAUGGAAUCAAGAUGUUGAAUAUAUCUUCGGGGCAGCAUUCGGAGUCACGGAGCCUUAUCAGCCUAAUGCAACAAUCGGAUACACCGAGGCCACACCGGUGUAUAUGGCACCGGAAGUUGUGUACGCAACCGCUCGUACAAUGGGGCCGACUGCAAAUAUUAACUUGAACUACAACCUUACUUGGCUUUUCACGGUUGACCCGGGGUUUUACUACCUAGUUAGGCUCCAUUUUUGCGAGACCAAUCUGCAGUAUGUGAAUCAGCGUGUAUUUGUUAUAUUUAUCAAUAAUCAUACCGCUGAGGAAGCCAUGGAUGUGAUUAGUCGGAGCGGUGGUAAUGGCAUUCCAAUCUACAAAGACUAUGUGGUAUGGGUGCCACAAAGUGUAAAUGAUUUAUGGGUGGCAUUACAUCCACAAACCAGUGGUAAACCACAGUUUUAUGAUGCGCUUUUGAAUGGUUUAGAGAUUUUCAAGUUGAACAAUUGGGAUUGUAGCCUUGCUGCUCUGAACCCUCGACCGGAGAUGGUUCCUACAAUGCAAAAGCAUUCGAUGAAGACGGGAAAAUUUUCAAAACAAAAAAGGGUCAUCGUCGGAGCUACACUAAGCAGCAUAGUAUCAAUGGUUCUGAUACUCGUUUUCAGGCUGAGGAAACAUCUUUUGUCCAGAACAGAAUCCUUAAACAGAAAAGAAGUUUCACCUAUCCGAUGCAAGCACAUCUCACUUGUCGACAUCCUCACCGCAACAAAUAACUUCGAUGAUGCUCUCAUUGUAGGGCGCGGAGGCUUCGGGAACGUGUACAAGGGUCACCUUCCAGGUACACAAUACGAUGUGGCGAUCAAGAGACUCAAUUCCAAGUCCCACCAAGGUGAAAAUGAGUUUUGGGCGGAGAUUGAGAUGCUCUCUCAGCUUUGCUACAUUAAUCUUGUGUCCCUGAUAGGUUAUUGUGACGAAAACCAUGAGAUGAUUCUUGUUUAUGAUUAUAUGGUGAAUGGAACCCUCCGUGAUCACCUCUAUAACAACGAUAACAUCCCUCUCCCAUGGAAACAGAGGUUGCGAAUUUGCAUGGGUGCAGCUCGUGGAUUAGAGUACCUUCAUUCAGGAGCAGUUAAGAGAAUCAUUCACCGAGAUGUGAAGACCACCAAUAUUUUGUUGGAUGAGACAUGGGAAGCUAAAGUCUCGGAUUUCGGGUUAUCUAAAUCAGGACAUGUCCUCAUGGAAAAUGUUCCAAUCACAACAAUGGUGAAAGGCACAUUCGGAUACAUGGAUCCCGAGUAUUAUCGGAGGCUAAAACUGACAGAAAAAUCAGAUGUAUACUCAUUCGGAGUGGUGCUAUUCGAAGUGUUGUGUGCUAGACCAGUAGUCGACACAAGAUUGGAGGAGGAUCAAAUAGGUUUAGCUGGUUGGGCUCUCAAGUGUGCAGAGAAUGAAACCAUUGAGCAAAUCAUUGACCCUUACCUGAAAGGUAAGAUAGCAGCAGAGUGUUUGAGAGUAUUUGUUGAGAUUGCCAAAAACUGCCUACACGACGUCGGAGUUGAAAGACCAAAAAUGAGCGAUGUGGCGGGAAUGCUUGAGUUUGCACUGGAGUUGCAAGAAACUGCAGAAACAAAACUGAUGGUCAUCGAAGCUGGUGAUACAAUGGAUGGGCCCCAUACCAUGGAUGAGGUUGUGUAAUUUUCUGAUGUGGUGUCUUUGUAAACGAAUUAAUCUUCGUCAAUUCAAUAGCCUCCACUUUC